GUGACGGUCGAGAGCUUAACCAUGGUAGCGUCUCCUCCAAACGUGUCAGGCGUUGGUGCCAAUUUCACACCAGGUGCUCUGGGUUCUGCCUUCACACCAUUGUCUCGAGUGCCUCCUGCCUUCCCUCUAUUCCUGCCGUCAGUGAGCGGUGGCAGUGUUAAGCAGCCGAUGCCCCCUCUAGGGGUGGACCCCAGGGUGAUGGGGAUGCUGCACAAUUACCAUUCUCUGGGUCAGCUGCCGUGGGCGGCUCUGGGUGCUGGCGACCUGGCCCUCAACCGUCUCCUGUUGACUCCUGGAGGCCGCCUCAGCCGACCCAAGAAGCGCUACAUCUGCAAGUAUUGUCAACGGGAGUUUACCAAGAGCUACAACCUGCUGAUCCACGAGAGAACACACACGGACGAGCGGCCCUUCCCCUGCGACAUCUGCGGCAAGGCCUUCAGGAGACAAGACCACCUCCGCGACCACAAGUACAUCCACAGCAAGGAGAAGCCCUUCAAGUGUGAGGUGUGUGGCAAGGGGUUCUGUCAGGCGCGCACCCUGGCCGUCCACAAGGCCCAGCACGCCCACGACUCCACCCCGCCCACGCCCAUCCUCACACCCCCUUCACCACGUAUAUCUCCCGCCCUACCUACCUGUGACUCCCAUGAUACUGACGAAGUGGUUGACGUGCUUCACUGUGACGAUGACGACGUGGUAGAAGACGACGUGAUGCAAACAGUGACAGAGGAGGACGAGGAGCUGCCUGUUGUAGUGCCACCUCCCAAGAGACUCGGCUUCUCCAUCGCCGACAUCAUGAGAAGAUAAACUCCGCCUCAUCCUCGACACACCCGUGUACUCCAGUGCCUUAUUAUAUUAUUUCCAAGCUUUAAUACCAUACUGUAUAUAUUGUACAAACUGAAUAUAUUUAUUAUUAAAAUGUUUUGCUUACAAA